GUGCGCGCGCUACACACUCACUCACACGCGCGCGUAAAGUCAGACACAGCCGCACGCGCAAGCCGCCAGCGAGACACCGGGACACAGACGGAUCUUUCACUUUCAUUGAGUAUUGUGUGAGGACAGACUGCUGCGAUGGCGGCGUUGACCGGAGGAGAGAUGUGCGUCAAGUAUCUGAUGUUCGUCUUCAAUUUCAUCUUCUGGAUUGCAGGGACAGGCGUCUUGGCUGUUGGACUCUGGCUGAGGUUUGAUCCCAAGACUAAAAGCUUGUUUGAAGGAGAGAACUCACCUUACGUCUUCUACACAGGAGUGUACAUCCUCAUUGCAGUCGGCGCGCUGAUGAUGGUUGUUGGAUUUUUUGGAUGUUGUGGUGCCAUCCAGGAGUCCCCUUGCAUGCUGGGAUUGUUCUUCUUCUUCCUGUUGGUGAUCUUUGCGGUCGAGGUGGCUGCUGGAAUUUGGGGCUUUUCCAACCAGACAAAAGUUACUGACGAUAUAACGACUUUCUACAAGGAAACAUACAAAAACUACCAACAAACCAAACAACCAGCUCUGAAGGAAACACUCCGCCUCAUCCAGCAUGGACUUAACUGCUGUGGACCACCAGCAAACUCUAAGGAUGAUCUUGAAGGGACCUGCCCAGGAAAAGGACCGCUUGAUUUUCUCAUUGCAAAGAGCUGCCCUGAUGCCAUUGAGGAAGUCUUUAGCUCCAAACUUCAUAUUAUUGGAGGCGUUGGAAUCGGCAUUGGAGUGAUCAUGAUCUUCGGCAUGAUCUUCAGCAUGAUGCUGUGCUGUGCCAUCCGGAAAACCUGGGAGAUUGUGUGAGGGUCCGGUUGCCUGGGAAACUGCCAGUAUAUUUGUGUUGCAUGAUGUCUGUCCCAAAGCACUGUCUUGAACAUGACCUCAUCAGCUAAAAGCCAGUUAGCUCACUGCGUCAGGCACUCGAUCUCUUCACGUCUCUGACUGACUGGAAUUCACUCUUUUUCUUAGUGCAGCUGUAUCACUGCUCACCAGUAAUGAGAGAAAAGGCUUGGUUUAGCAUUCCAAGCCCAUUUGAAAAGGCCUUUAUAAGUCUUACUUUUUAUAUUUUUUUAUCGUUCAUAAUAGAUUUUAAGGAUUAACCAUUUGUUCGCUUUAUUGUACUCGCUGUACUGCGUGAUAUGAAUUGUUCUUGAACUUUUCUAAUGUUUUGUUUCUGACUUGUAAAUGGGGUCGGGUGAUUUAGCCACAUACGGCUCAAAUAAAAGCCAAAUUAUUCAUGCA